GCCCUUUCAGAGAAGAAUCUCUCUCUCUCUCUGUAGUUCUCUGGAAGAGGUGGGAAAAAAGAAUAGUCUUUAAAUAUGGCAAUGGUAUCAGAAUUCCUCAAGCAGGCCUGGUUUAUUGAAAAUGAAGAGCAGGAAUACAUCAAAACUGUGAAAGGAUCCAAAGGUGGCCCUGGGUCAGCAGUGAGCCCCUAUCCCAGCUUUAAUCCAUCCUCAGAUGUUGCUGCCUUGCAUAAAGCAAUUACAGUCAAAGGUGUGGAUGAAGCAACCAUCAUUGACAUUCUGACAAAGAGAAACAAUGCACAGCGUCAACAGAUCAAAGCCGCUUAUCUACAAGAAAAAGGAAAGCCCUUGGAUGAAGCUCUGAAGAAAGCCCUUACAGGUCACCUCGAGGAGGUUGUUUUGGCUCUAUUGAAAACUCCAGCCCAAUUUGAUGCUGAUGAACUCCGUGCUGCAAUGAAGGGCCUUGGAACUGAUGAAGACACUCUGAAUGAAAUUUUGGCCUCAAGAACUAACAGAGAAAUCAGAGAAAUUAACAGAGUCUAUAGAGAUGAAUUGAAGAGAGAUCUGGCUAAAGAUAUCACCUCCGACACCUCUGGAGAUUAUCAGAAGGUUUUGCUCUCUCUUGCUAAGGGUGACCGAGCUGAGGAUCUUCGCAUAAACGAGGACUUGGCUGACUCAGAUGCCAGGGCAUUAUAUGAAGCAGGAGAAAAGAGAAAAGGGACAGAUGUGAACGUGUUCAACACCAUUCUUACCACCAGAAGCUACCCCCAUCUUCGCAGAGUGUUUCAGAGGUACACCAAGUACAGCCAACACGACAUGAACAAAGUCCUGGACCUGGAGAUGAAAGGGGACAUCGAGAAAUGCUUCGUAACGAUCGUGAAGUGUGCCACAAACCAACCGAUGUUCUUUGCUGAGAAGCUUCAUCAGGCCAUGAAGGGUGUGGGAACACGUCAUAAGGCAUUGAUCAGGAUCAUGGUUUCCCGUUCUGAAAUCGACAUGAAUGAUAUUAAAGCAUGCUAUCAGAAGUUGUAUGGUAUCUCUCUCUGCCAAGCCAUCCUGGAUGAAACCAAAGGAGAUUAUGAAAAAAUCCUAGUGGCUCUCUGUGGAGGACAGUAAACAUUCCUUUGAUGAUCUCAAGCUUUUUGUCAGGAGUUUUUUUUUUAAAUCUUAUCUUUUUAUGCCAUAUUAUAGAUUUAAAUAAGAAAGUGUAAAGCAGGAUUAGUCUAGCUGCUUUCUGAAAACUAUAGCCUAUAAAUCAUUUUUAUAUCACAACUCUGUAUAAUAGAGAUAAGUUUUAAAAAUAUGUAUAUUUACCUUAAACUGUAAAACCCCAUAAAUAGGUUGCUCUGGUAACAUUACCUGAGAAAGAUGUUUAUGUAACAGAAAAUAAAAUGAUUUUA